GUUUAUAAAUUCUCUCACCGAAUCAUCUUAUAUCGCUCACCAAUGUCACUAAUAACUCGUCUGGCUAUAUCUCGUCCUUACUUAAAUUCACUAAGGAUAAGCAGGCGGUCUCUAUCUAUUCUUUCCGUUCCUCCCCCUCAAACAGAAGAUGGCAAACUAGUAUAUGAAGGCAAAAUAACAGUUCAAGUAAAGUUAGUUAAAGGAUUCUCAGUUACAACUAGUGCCCUAGGACUUGCUCUACAGCCUUUAGUGUUUAAAGGUUUGAGCACUUUACCUAUUGUGCUACAAGUCAUGAUGGGAAGUGGAAUAGGAUUUUUUGUUCUGGCGACACCCCUCUUAUUACAUACUAUAACCAAACGCUAUGUAACUCAUAUGUAUUAUGAUUCUGAGAAGGAUACUUUUACAGCUACUACAUUAAGUUUACUAUUGAAAGAGAAACAACUAACAUUUAAACCCGAUGAUGUAGAAGUUCCUGAAAUUUCAGGAAUAUUCUCGCAUGUUAAAGCAAAAGGGAAACCUUUGUUCAUAGAUAUUUCUGGUGUGUUGGACAAGGCUGCAUAUAAACGAUUACUAAAGUACGAUCAACCUAUAAAAUUUUAA